AAUCGGUCGCGGCUCUCAUCGGAAAUUUUGUAUUAAUUAUAAAAGAUUAUAAAGGAGUCCAGUGCGUUUCCCAGCACUGUUAACGCCCCAGGAUCAGGUUUACAAUCCGUUCUAGGGCCUCCUGGGUGUUACUUCGAGUUUCGAUUUGGCAUUCUCUCUGGUCAGUGGUGUUCCGGCAGUCAAAGAAACCUUUUGCAGGUUAAGUUGACAACAAACGAAGCUUCUGCGAUGCCAGGACAGAGGCGUGUUCUGGAUUUCGGCGAUGGCACGGAGCCCAUACUUUUGGACUAUCCGGAUACCCGGAUCUUCUCCAACUGCUCGAGUUACGGCGACCGGGUUCCGGGCUUGAGCUGGAACGAGUUCACUGUGCACCAUCGCGGCCAGCUGGAGUACCAGUGCAAUCCGCAGCAAGCGAUCAUGGAGGCAAUCUACGAGGCGGUCGACGGAGCCGAGUUUUAUCCUGUCCACUACCAGCGUGGACCCCGGGAGGACACCUUCCUUGCCCGAAACUGCAAGCAGGCCAUUGACAAUCUUUUCAAGCUAUCGCUUGCCAUAAGCGUGGGCAAGGGCGCCUCAAUACCAAUCAAAGUGCAGCUGGCAGUGGCCGAAUCCAACAUGAGGCAAAUAUCACCGCAUUUCCUCAUCGCCAGCGUCCUGGAUAAUCUGCUGAAGCGACUGGAGCAGCAGAACGGUGUGGAUGGACUCCUCAAUCUGGACAACUUUGGGGCCCGACCUGAGUUCCGGAAUGUGGUGGUGAGCCUGGCCAACCCUGCCAUCUUGAUGAACGUGUGCCAGGUGAUACGCAAUGAUCCCGCCUGCGGCCGUGUGAAUGGAUUCAUCAUGACGAACAAUCACAUACGGGAGGUGCGAUACUUGAAUCUCUUAUCGAACGUGGACUACGCCCUGCUUGAUCUGAGCGGGAAUAAGAUCAGAUCGGCGGAACGCUUGUGUCGUGACCUGGCUCAGUUUCGGGCUAGAGAACUGCUUCUGAAUCGCAAUCCCAUUGCCAAGAGCAACAAAUUUCCAGGCAACAUUAAGGCACUGGAAAAUAACUUUCAAAUGGUGAAUGGUUUGCCCUUCAACAAGCUGCACAAGGCUUAUUCCCCGCUGGAUGGCGAGAUUGAUCUGUAUGUGGAUGGUACCCGAAUUGACGAAGUUAACGCUUUCCAGCUGCCUGAAUUCGAGCAUAGCCAGCAUUGGCAUGCCUUUCUGGUUCCAGAUCCCCAUCACGAGUUCCAGCAGGAGUCGUUUUUUAAUAUGUUCUUCAUCUAUGUGGAUCCCAACUUGAGCGAAUUCUAUCCCUGCUACUACAGGUACGAUCGUGGCGAGCACAUCUUUCUGGUUCGCAACUGCUACGAUCAGAUUGCCAAUCUGGUCAACAAUUUCAAGCUACAGAUGGAGAUACCAGCCAUGCCCAUGUUUCCCGAGAAGCGAAGCUUUGGUUACUACCUGCGCAUGAACGUGAGCACCUUCAAAAAACAGCACGUGGUGCCGGAGGAGUGCCUCAUAAAGGCAGUGGAACGUAGAUAUGCGGCUCAAAACCGUCUGCUCGAUCUCGAACAGCUUCAGGCCAGCGAGAGCCUUCGAAAUGUGGUGGUGCAUCUCAGCUCGCCGAAAAUUCUGACCAACGUUCUGUCGGUGGCCUCGAAGCAGUUUAUGACCAACUGCUCGGAGAUACGGCUGUGCAAUAACAAGAUAUUGACGGUGCAGAAGGCACACAUCCUGCGCAGGAUGGGCAACUUGCGAGCGGUGGAUUUGAGCCACAAUUGGCUCCACGAACUGUCCGCUAUCGAGUCCCUAAGCGAACUCCCCCUGAAAUCGUUGGUUCUUUACGGAAAUCCCCUAUGCCGCAACUACUGCCUGCCUAGCGAAUACGUCCGGGCGGUUACGCAGAUGUUUCCACAGCUAACCACACUGGAUGGGGUGGAUUUGCAAACGAAUCCGGGCCAGGCGCCGCAGAAGGAUUUCCUUUGCGACAUUGCCGCCUAUGAAUUGGUGGGCGAUGUUUUCCUCAAAGACUAUCUGCGCGAGUUCGAGGGCCAGGAUGAGCGGGCCAAUCUGCAUAAGUACUAUACAGACGACUCUCUGUUCACCAUGACCAGCACCUACAAGAUGCCGAGCCACUACAUAAAUGGCCACCUCGUUCGUCGCAUCUCCAAAUACAGCACACAUGCCCGCAAUUUACUCAAAAGUGACAUUUCGCGGGCAGCCAAUGGAGUGCAUGUGGGCAAGGAGGAGAUCAUGGUGGUGCUGAUGCAGCUGCCAAAGGUCACCCACGAUUUCCACUCCCUACAAACGGACGUAAUGUAUUACGAUGGCAAGUCGGCGGUCAUCAAUGUGACCGGUCUGCUGCGUGACGAGCAGCCAGACAGCAGAGAUAAAAGCGAUUUCUUUUUGGCCUUCAGCCGGCAGUUUGUGAUAAAGAUUGAUGACGAGGGACAGGGCAUUAGCAAGGGCGCCCGUCGCAUACGGAUCACCAAUGAACGUUUCAACAUCAUGAAUCCCAGCCAAAAAAUGAUUAGGUCUGCCUUUAAAGUAAACUAUCCGGAUCACACAGCGGAGAAGGAGAAAGACUCGGUGGAUACCAAGGAUUACAAGCUGCUUAUAUUCCAAGAGAUAACCGGUCUCAUUUCCCCCUGGUGCACAUCGAUUGUGGAGCAAGCGGACUGGGACCUAGAGCGGGCCCUGAAAUUGUUUAUACAAAAGAAUGCUGCCAACGAGAUACCGGAUCAGGCCAUUGCUUAGGCCUUAAAUUCUCUAGAGAAAACUUGUAACACUAAGAGCCAAAGAAGAAAUCUAAGACUAGUUUAAAGAUUAUGAAUUGAAAGGUUAAUAUUUGGUGCAAAACAGACUUCUUUUCAACAAAAUGUUGUGGCGUCACGGCUAAAGUUUAAGCUUAGUUAAUAAAAUACCGUAUAAUAACAAGA